CCAAUGAAAUGAUCCUCGUAAUAAGUAUUACCAGGUCAUAUACUCAAACCACAACCGUUAAAACACAUUCCAACCUGAGAAGUUCCUGUUCAGAAGUGGAUAUCGUUCUAAGAAUUAACACGAAGAACGCGUUAUUAUUCUAAAAUCGCUCUAGUCCGGACUCCUUAUAGUUCCUGUGCCGCGGUUUCCACACGGACUUGUUUGACAGGAGCGCCAUGUGUCUGCUUGAGAUGGCGGCCAGAUCGGAGAACGCGAGGGCCGAAUAAACAGUCAACCUGCGCGUCUACAACCUCCCGAGAAGCGCAAGCCGUGUUAUUUACCCCAUAUCUACACCCUCUAGAAACGCCAUGGAAGGCGGGAAACCCACCCUGCCGCUGGUUUACCAGGCCGUGCAGGCGCUGUAUCACGACCCGGACCCUGCCGGCAAGGAGCGCGCCUCAGUCUGGCUGGGAGAGCUGCAGAGAUCGAUGUAUGCAUGGGAGAUCUCGGAUCAGCUUCUGCAGCUGAAGCAGGACGUGGAAUCGUGUUACUUCGCAGCCCAAACAAUGAAGAUGAAGAUCCAGACGUCGUUCUACGAGCUUCCCCCAGAGACCCACACCUCACUGAGAGAUUCGCUCCUGUCUCACAUCCAGAACCUCAAAGACCUGUCUCCAAUCAUUGUCACACAGCUUGCAUUGGCAAUCGCAGAUCUGGCUCUUCAGAUGGCCUCGUGGAAAGGCUGUGUUCACACCCUCAUAGAAAAAUACAGUAACGAUGUGUCCUCCAUGCCUUUCCUGAUUGAGAUACUCACCGUUCUGCCAGAAGAGGUGCAUAGCCGCUCUCUGAGGAUUGGAGCCAAUCGACGGUCGGAGAUUAUUGAGGAUCUGGCCUACUACUCUACCACAGUGGUCACUCUUCUGGUGACGUGUGCGGAGAAGUCCGGACAUGAUGAGAAGAUGUUUAUCAAGGUGUUCCGGUGUUUGGGGAGCUGGUUUAAUUUAGGAGUGCUGGACAACAACUUCAUGGCCAGCAAUCAAUUGCUGAUGAUUCUCUUCCAAGUGCUGCAGAGGGAUGAGACGUCCACAAACUUGCAUGAGGCGGCAUCGGACUGCGUGUGCUCGGCACUGUAUGCGAUCGAGAAUUUGGCCGUACACAUGCCUUUGGCCAUGCAGCUCUUCCAGGGAGUCCUCUCUCUAGAAACGGCUUACCACAUGGCUGUAGCCCGAGAGGACCUCGAUAAGGUGCUAAAUUAUUGCCGGAUCUUUACGGAAUUGUCUGAGACAUUUUUGGAGAUGACUGUAAGGACUCCUGGCCAGGGCAUGGGAGAUCUACGCACCUUAGAGUUGCUGCUUAUUUGUGCUGGUCAUCCCCAAUAUGAGGUGGUUGAGAUCUCGUUCAACUUCUGGUACCGUCUGGGAGAAAAUCUUUAUAAAAUGAACGAUCCGGAGCUUCACAGAGUGUUCAAGCCGUACAUACAGAGACUACUGCACAGUCUCGCCCGCCACUGCCAGCUCGACCCAGAUCAUGAAGGAGUGCCAGAGGACACUGAUGAUUUCGGCGAGUUCAGGAUGAGAGUGUCUGAUCUUGUGAAAGAUGUCAUUUUCCUAGUCGGCUCCAUGGAGUGUUUCUCGCAGCUUUAUUCGACACUGAAGGAGGGAAACCCCCCAUGGGAAGUAACUGAGGCUGUUCUGUUCAUCAUGGCUGCCAUAGCUAAGAGUAUCGAUCCUGAGAAUAAUCCCACUCUGACGGAGGUGCUGGAGCAGGUAGUGUUGCUUCCCGAGACGGUCCACAUUGCCGUUCGCUACACCAGCAUUGAGCUGGUUGGCGAGAUGAGCGAAGUGAUUGACCGGAACCCUUGCAUGUUAGAUCCUGUUUUGAACUUCCUGAUGAAGGGUUUGCGGGAGAAGCCGUUGGCCUCUGUGGCAGCUAAAGCCAUUCACAACAUCUGCUCGGUGUGUCGAGAUCACAUGGCACAGCACUUCCAGGGCCUGCUGAACAUCGCCCGCUCACUCGACUCAUUCGCCCUGUCCACAGAUGCUGCGGUUGGCUUGCUAAAAGGCACAGCGCUGGUGUUGGCCCGCCUCCCCCUGGAGAAGAUCGCGGAGUGUCUGAAUGAUCUGUGUGCGGUUCAGGUCAUGGCACUGAGGAAGCUCCUGGCUCAGGACUCCAGUAGUGGGAAGUUAUCAGACCCCACUGUGUGGCUGGACAGACUGGCUGUUAUCUUCAGACACACAAACCCCAUAGUAGAGAAUGGACAGACACACCCCUGCCAGAAAGUCAUUCAAGAGAUCUGGCCGGUGUUGUCGGAGACGUUGAACGCCCACCAGAAUGAUAACCGGAUAGUGGAGCGCUGCUGCCGCUGCUUGAGAUUUGCAGUGCGUUGCGUAGGCAAAGGCUCUGCGUCCUUAUUACAGCCACUUGUUACUCAGAUGGUGAGUGUGUACCAGGUGUACCCCCACUCCUGUUUCCUGUACCUAGGCAGCAUUCUAGUGGAUGAGUAUGGCAUGGAGGAAGGAUGCAGACAAGGCCUGUUGGAUAUGCUACAGGCUCUCUGUAUGCCGACCUUCCAGCUGUUAGAGCAGCCUAAUGGACUGCGCAAUCACCCCGACACAGUGGACGAUCUUUUUCGACUCGUCACAAGGUACCAGUUCUGUGCUUCUGCAAUAGUGUUUAGAAAAACAAGCUCCAAAUAA